AAACCGAUUGCUAAGUAUGGGAAUUCAGAGAGAUAGGGUGAGGUUGAAUGUAGGCGGAAGAGUAUUUGAAACCACCGCCAUGACGCUGGCGAACGCCGGCCGGAAUUCGCUGUUCGGAGCUAUGUUUGACGAUAAUUGGAGCCUGUCGGACGCCACUAUAACCGAACACUUCAUUGACCGGAACCCGGAUUGCUUCGCCGUAAUCCUCGACCUUCUCAGAACAGGGGAGCUUUACAUUCCGGCAAAUGUCCCGGAGAAGCUUGUUUGCCGAGAGGCCCUGUUUUAUGGGGUGUUGGAUCACGUCAGGGAAGCUAUGUGGCAUCCAUUUGACGGCAACCGUCUCCGCCUGGCACGGUCGAUGACAGGCCGUGCCCCCGAGGAUGGCACCUCCAUCAGAGCCGGCCCGGACGGCGGCUGCUGCGUGAUUCAUGGGAGUAUGGCUCAUGUCUAUGAUUGGAUGAUGGAAGAACACCCUUCAAUCAAUCUUGAUUACCAGAUAUUGAAUGAUGCAGUGUGGAUUGAUUCCGGGAAGAUUGUGAUCAGUGCCUGUGAGUCGCUGGGGAGGGGAGAUGGUGGGAUGGGAUUGUUCAAGGCCAGCUAUUUUCUUCCAUGA